AUGGAUUAUAUGCAUCUAGGUGUAAGGUCUAGAAAGACUGGUAUUAACGCUAGGCAAGGUCUCGAGAAAGAUGAAUACAGUAUGGAAAGAAUUGAUGAUUUCUUUAGUGAAGAUUCAACUAGUCAUAUUAGUGGUGAUAGAAGGAAAAGUAGAAGAUCUUCAAUGCUUUCACUACUUUCUAGUGGUGGUCCUAGUGGAUCAUUUGUGUCAGAUUCUGAUCAUCAGCAAUCAACAAGUCCAUCCAGAAGAUCUUCUAGAGUGUACAGAUUCAGUCUUCCAGAAAAUGAUACAAUCCAAGAGGAAGAACCAGUAGAUAAUAACAAUAAUGUCCCAAUUGAUUACGAUCUGCCACCACCACCAACACCAUCACUUUCUGAUAAAAUGGAACAACCGCUGGACGGACCCUCAAUUAGACUUACACCUGAGAAAUCAACAAAUGGAGACGUACCCGAUUUAAUUCAAGAUGAUGAAGAUACCAGAGAUUAUACAUCCUUCAAUACAUCGGAGAAUGCCCUUUUAGAAGAUGAGAUGGAUGAUGAUUACGAAGCCAUUAGCGAAGAAGAUAGAGAUUACGUGGAAGGUGAAUCUUCGUUAGAACAAACAUUAAGUGCAGAUGACAGUGAUAGUAGCAGUAGUAGUGGUAGCGGUAGUGAUGCAGGAGACACUACUAUGGCUAAAAGCGAAGAAGAAGAAGAAGAAGAUUUAGCUACUGUUCCUUCAAGACGAACUUAUGGUUAUGACAACGUACCGCCAGAAAUAUACGAUUCAGAUGAGGAGUACAUUCAAAAGCAGGCACCAGAAUUAGAUCAGGAUCCACAUGCUACGGAUGACCAAAGUCUUAGAAGGUCUAACAGGGUCAAGAUUGCACCUCUAGAAUGGUGGAGGAAUGAAAAAGUGGUUUACAAGAGAAAAACCAGUAAACCAGUAUUGGAGAUCGACAAGAUUGUUACCUAUGACAAAAAUGAUGAAGAGGAUGACGAGGAGGAAUUAUCCAUUGGUCGUCGUAAGGGAAGGAAUAAGAAGAAAACAGCUACUACUACAAGGACAAGGCCUUAUAAUUAUAUUCCAACUGGUAAGCCUAGGGGUAGACCCAGAAAACACAAGGCAUUUGGCAUGAGUGGAGGCCUUGUGGAAAAUCCAAAUACCGAUCUUUUAGAAGAAAUUAACCAAGGUAAAAUACCUCAAGGUGAAUGGUUACAACAUGGUAUUUUGGAGGCUAACGUUAAUGUAACCAUGGAUAGACAAGGAGAUGAAAUAAUUGCAUUUGCUCCCAAUUUAUCACAAUCGGAACAGAUUAAGGAAACAGAAGAUGAACAUUUCUCAUUGGAGGUCAUGUUUGAUGCUCAUAAGGAUCAUUUUGCCAGUGGUAUGUUAAAGAUCCCUCGAUAUGGUAAGAAGAAAUUAAGUGAUUCUUAUAAUGUCUUCAUAACUUUUUUCGUGGUUCAGGGUGUACUUGAAGUUACACUAGCGGGUAAUACUUUUUUAACGACAGAAGGUUCAUCAUUUCAAGUUCCUGCUUUUAACGAAUAUGCCCUUGAAAAUAGAGGUAACAACGAAGUAAAAAUGUUCUUUACGCAAGUAACCAUUUCAAUAGAUGAACUACAGAAUGGUCAUUCUACUCACCAAAGUAGUGAUGAAGAAGAUAUGCAAUCUCAAUCACUUGAUGCGGGCGUCAACGAUAGCGGUAGCAGUAGCCAGGAUGAAGACACACUGACGACAACAAGGAAAAGUAACGAAAUCGCGUCAGCGAAAAGAAGUUCAUUAAGUAGCAUGAGCAUUUCUGAUAUCUAA